AUGGCUCUUGAUAAAAUACCUGAAAUAGACGAGUGCUAUGAAUGCGAUGAUGGAGGAUAUGAGAAGUUUAUGCUCAAACAGCAUCAAGAAAACGAAGCCAAAAGGCUAGUCUCAGCUGCUUUCGAUAUAAAAAAGCUGAUAUCACAGUCUACAAGACUUGGGAUUUAUGCCUAUAUCUUGUUCAGAUUUCUGCUAAAAUAUACAAGUAAAAUAAAUUCUUUGUAUAUGAAUAAUAAAGUAUAUUCGCAAUUCUGAUCUAAAAUAAUUUAUAGAGAUAAACAUAAAUAUUGAUUAAUUGCGAACUAUUUAUAUUCAAAAAGUAUAGAAAGCUUAUCGACUCUCUGUAAGGUGUUUUCGAAAUAUAAGAAUUUUGCAAUUGUUUUAUGCUUAUUGUCAUCCCUCGGAAUAAACUAUUUUGUGAAGACGAAAGAAGUGCCUCAAGUUUUGAAGCUUGCUGAGAAAAAACGUAAAAAUUAA